AUGCCCAAACACCCCCGUGACGACGAGGAAGACUUCGAGAUCGACGUCCCACCCACGGAAAUCAAUCCUUACGAAACGCUCGGCCUCGAAACAAACGCAUCCCAAGACGACAUCAAGAAAGCCUACAGGAAAGCCGCACUCAAGCACCAUCCCGACAAGGCCUCGCCAGAGGACAAGGAGAGCGCCCACACCAAGUUUCAAGAAAUCGCCUUCGCCUUCGCAAUCCUCGCCGACGAGCGCCGGCGAAAACGCUACGACACAACCGGCCGCACCGAAGAAUCACUCGACCUCGACGACGAUGACUUCAACUGGGUGGACUUCUUCCGCGAACAGUUCGCUGGCGUAGUAACAUCUGAGAAGAUCAGCGAUUUCGAGAAGAAGUACAAGGGAAGUGAAGAGGAGCGGCAAGCAGUGUUGAAGGCGUACACACAGCACAAGGGCAAGGUGCCGAAGCUAUAUCAGCAGAUUAUGUUGAGUGAUAUGGUGGAUGAUGAGGAGAGAUUCAGAGGCAUCAUCGAUGCGGCUAUUGAAGCAGGAGAGGUCGAGGCUUUCUCGGCAUAUACAGACGAAUCAGAGAAGUCGAAGGAGGGAAGGAUGAAGGCAGCGAGGAAGCGGAAACAGCAAGAGUCUGGUGAGGCUGCGGAGUUUGAGAGGGAGACGAAGUCGAAGAAGAAGGGCAAGAAGGAUAGUGGGGGCGAUAUGGGAGAUCUGGCUGCGUUGAUUCAGCAGAGGAAUGGUGCCAGGAAGGAGAACUUCCUGGAGAAUCUGGAGGCGAAGUACGCGACAAAGGGAAAGAAGGGCAAGAAGGAUGCGGCAAUGGAGGAGCCGCCCGAAGAGGCUUUUGCAGCGAACAGGGCGAGCAAGAGGUCUAAGAAGUGA